AAUAUAAUACAGGGGAAAUGUAGAGUAGUACAUUUGCGGGUUUUGUUGAGAGGAUUUUUUUUAAUAAAUGUCGAUAGGAAAUUUUGAAACAUAGUUGAGAGACGGAGGGAGAAGUCUGAAAGGUCAAACAAUACCGGUGGUGCCGGUCAAUGGGUGACUGGUUUUGGCUCUCUUUUUCUAUGGAUCUUCGUGGGAAUUGGUGAAGAAGCUGGGUAUUUAUGAAUUUUCCGGCUGGUAUUAGGAGGGUAGUCGAGGAGGAAGUUUGAAUACUAUUGAAGAAUUCUUUGUCUGCCAUUUCUGGGCUUUAUUCAAAGCUUUCUGAAGAAAAAAUGGCGCAACGUUCACAUGUACCAAAAUUUGGUAAUUGGGAAAGCGAAGAGAAUGUACCUUACACAGCUUACUUCGAGAGGGCACGGAAAGGCAGAGGUACCGGGAAGAUUAUAAAUCCAAAUGACCCUCAAGAGAACCCAGAUAUGUUUUCUGAUAAUAUACCAACACCACCAGUUCGAGCUCCUCCCUUCAGGACAGGAGCUGAACUGGAGGGGACAGGAGCUGGAAGGCCGAAGCAUGAGCACCAAUCAAGCAGGGAAGAUGCUGAUUUCAGGCGACUAACUGAUUCUCCAGCACGCCAUGACACUGGAGGUCGUAGAGUAAGUUCUGGUGAAACUGCCAAAAAGCCUGGUCGACCAGUUGGUACACCUGACCGGAGUGUUGAACACUCUCCACUCCAUCCUCAUUACCAGGCAAGAGUUGCAGGUAGAACUGGUGUAGCUUCUCCUUCCUGGGAAAGAAAGGGUUCAUCUGAUCAUGGGCAUGGUUUAGCUCCCUUGACCCCUGGAAGAUCGCRACCUAGAUCUCGAGGCGAUGAAACUUUUGAAAGAGGUCCUGCUGUACCAAAAUUUGGUGAUUGGGAUGAGAACAACCCUGCGUCAGCUGAUGGUUAUACUCACAUCUUCAACAAAGUGAGGGAAGAGAAGCAGAGCGGAGCAGCAAAGGUACCAGUCAUGCCAACUGAAUCAUCUUACACCAAUGGUCAGAAGCAAAACAACAAUUACAGUGAUGUGAGUUGUUGUGGCUGCUUUGGGGGCCGAAAAUGAUGUUUUGUGUCUAUAGAUGAAAUAUAAAUUGUGUGGGACUUGUAAAUAGCUCCUAGGGCUGUCUGUAGAGAGUUACUCUUCAGGAGUGCAUUCUUUCACUCUCGUGCUUUCUGUGACAAUAAACAUGAAGUUUUGAUGUGAAACAUUUUGCUAUUUUUCCUUUGGUUGUCUUCUUCUCUACUUUAUUAUUCUCUCCAAUUUCCAUUUUCCUAUUUAUAUUUUGAUGAAAGAAAUACAGAUCCAUAUUCAUUUAUUUCAUUUCAA